UCGUGGCCAAGGAAGAAAAAGUUACAAGAGAAGAACAGAAACUUUGAAGUAGUAUUUGCAUGGAUGGCCCGUCAACACACGGGACUCCAUCCGCAGCUGGCUUUGGAAACGUCCAAAGUCGCCUCCUCCCCUUCUCCGUUCAAAGCAAACCUUCUUCUUCUUCUUCCGUCCCCUUUCCACUGGUUUCACGCGUCCAAACCCGAUCGAGCACGCGCCUCCACGACUCGAUCCAAAUCACUCCAGGGAGCAUCCAACUCGGAGCAGAAGAGAUCGCCCGACUAGCUAGCUCCGGGCCAAGCAAGCAAGCUAGCCAUGGCGCCGGUGGUGUCGGCGCUGGCCAAGUACAAGCUGGUGUUCCUCGGCGACCAGGCGGUGGGCAAGACCGCCAUCAUCACCCGCUUCAUGUACGACAAGUUCGACGCCACCUACCAGGCGACCAUCGGGAUCGAUUUCCUCUCCAAGACCAUGUACCUCGAGGACCGCACGGUUCGCCUGCAGCUAUGGGACACGGCUGGGCAGGAGAGGUUCCGGAGCCUGAUUCCAAGCUACAUCAGAGACUCUUCGGUCGCGGUCAUCGUCUACGACGUAACAGACACGCAAUCGUUUCUGCAUACAUCGAAGUGGAUCGACGAAGUGAACACGGCGAGAGGCAAAGAUGUGCUGAUCGUGCUCGUCGGAAACAAAACAGACCUCGUUGACCAGAGGCAAGUGCCCACGGACGAAGGGGAAGCCAAGGCCAAGGAGCAUGGCGCCUUGUUCAUGGAGACCAGCGCGAAGGCCGGCUUCAACAUCAAGGCGCUGUUCCGCACGAUCGCCACGUCCCUGCCUGGGAUGGACGCUCUCCCGUCGGCCAAGCAGGAGGACAUGGUGGACAUCAAUCUCAGGCCUGCCUCCGGGCCAGCAGGCUCAGGCGCGCCUGGGCAGCAGGAGCAGAAAGCAGGAGGAUGCUCUUGCUGAGUUUUGUGUUCUUUUAUUAGAGGAGAGAUUUGUGCAUCCCUUGCAGGAUUGCAGUGGUACAUCGCAGGGCUGCUGCAAGAAUGUAAUUUUGACCAAAACAGAUUGCGGACAGAAAUGCAAAAAUUGCUAGGCGUGGCAAGAAACAAAAAAUUCGCCGUUGCC